GUGUCGUUAGGAAUGCCUCACAAGCCUGACUCAGUAUUCACAGGAGGCUUCGGGAGAACAUAGCUCUUCCUCCGGGGGUGCACGAACUGACUUGACUUCCGCGGCUCCCUCGAGCUCGCUCGGUGUGGCGAAUCUGACGCUGCGGCACGGUGGCUGGGCGCGCAAGGCCCGACGGGAAGCUUGUGGAAUCUGCUGCGGGAAGAAGAACGCCAGGUUUCCUGGGCAGCCACAGUCAUGGCGGCGACCGCCCCCAGGGCUGGGGGCUCCGCACCUGAGGCGGCGGCUUCCCCCGAACCUCCGCUGCAGUACAGCCUUCUUCUGCAGUACUUGGUGGGCGACAAGCGUCAGCCCCGGCUCCUGGAGCCUGGGAGCCUGGGCGGGAUCCCGAGUCCAGCCAAGAGUGAGGAGCAGAAGAUGAUCGAGAGGGCGAUGGAAAGCUGUGCCUUCAAGGCUGCGCUGGCCUGCGUGGGAGGAUUUGUCUUGGGAGGUGCAUUUGGGGUGUUCACCGCUGGCAUUGAUACCAACGUGGGCUUUGACCCCAAGGAUCCUUACCGCACGCCGACGGCCAGAGAAGUCCUUAAAGACAUGGGCCAGAGAGGAAUGUCCUAUGCCAAAAAUUUUGCCAUUGUGGGCGCCAUGUUUUCUUGCACUGAAUGUUUAGUAGAAUCUUACCGGGGAAAAUCAGAUUGGAAGAACAGUGUCAUUAGUGGCUGCAUCACUGGAGGAGCCAUUGGUUUCAGAGCUGGCUUGAAGGCUGGGGUCAUCGGCUGUGGAGGGUUUGCUGCUUUCUCCGCUGCGAUUGACUAUUACCUACGGUGAGAACAGUGGUGUCCGGCAAGGACGAUGGCAGCCCAGGAUCAAGGCUGCUCUGUGGAGGGCAGCUUCUGUACCACUCCAGGGCACUUGCUGCAGAGACUGAAGACAUUUGUUUUCUCUCCCGUAGUUGGUGUCGUGAGGGAGCUGCCUGGCUGCAGUCGGCUACCUCUGAGCAGCCACACUCUCUGCACCUGGACUCGAGCCAGGCUGUGCGGGGUAGAUGCCAUGCCAGAUUCUCUCUUUUGGGCAGUCAAGGAGUCAGUGUGCUGACCUGUAGGAACUGAGUCCCACAGAGGGGCAGCCCGCAGCCUGUGGUGCUGUGGGGAUGGAGGGGACUUGACCCAUGCCUGCAGGCAUCCAUCUCAGACCUCAGGGCAGGGCCGAGCGGAGCCAUGCCGUCCGGCCGGUCAUGUCAUUUUGUUCAGGGUUCUGCUAUCCUUGUUAUAUAGAUAUAUGUGUGUAUGUAUUUAUAUUACAGUUCAAAAGUUUGGCUUAUUUUUAUUUUCAAAUUCCACAACUCCCCAAAAUGGUACCAGGUGGCCCAAAGAUUGAAUUCCAAAGAGAAAGCAUGAGCCAGCUCCUGAGAAGUCUGGGAACGCUUGACUCCCGGGGUCUGCAGAGCAGCGUUAUCCUCACUGAGAUUGCUGCAGUGGCCCAGCCUUGCCCUGAAGAAGCCAGGCCUAAGCGUGUCCUAGGACGCAGUGACAUUCCAUGCACAACCCUGCUGGCCUCUUCUGCGAAACCCUAGGGCUGGCUGGUGGGAAUGCCUGCGGUUUGAGGCACACGUGCGUGUUCUGCCGUGACCAUGGGCCCAGGCCCACAUCAAGGACAGUGCGAGGGUUGUAUUGCUGUGGUCAUCCUGAUGACCCAGUCCCAGCAGCCGCUGGUUACAACCACUCCGUGUUCAGGAGCUGCUCUCCACCAUCCUGUUCCUCUGAUGUCAGGGGUUCAUUACUUACUUAAACAGAGUUUUUGACUUGACUUGGUAGCCUUUCUCUGACAGUAGCAGCUCAGCCUAAUUGUGUGCUAUACACAAAAAAACACCCUUUUACAAUCGGGAUCUGCUGCA